AACACCUGAAACCUGCUGAAGAGGGAGAAUGAGCUUAGGCAGCGUGGGAAAAGACUGAGAGCAGGUUACAUAGAUGUUAUUUCAGAAAGAGGAGGAGGAGGAGGCGGGGCCUAGAAGGAGGCAGGGAAACACAGACAGGAUCAUGUGACUGCUGUUUUACACUCGGCAUGGUUCAGUCAGGGGGAGAGGAUCUAUAGUGUUCACAAAGAGAGCAUGAAUGUUCACACAGACUGAAACACAUGUGGAUCAGCACAGACCUGGACCAGAUGGAUCAGAGGACCAGAAGCCCGGAGCAGCUCACCACAGGCAGGGAGGGGAUGGUAAAGUCUGCCUCAGCGUAUGCAAACCUGCAGCAGCACCGGCCUGAGGGCAGGAAGCCGUCCCCAGUGUCCGGAUACGUCCCCCAGCCGGACUAUCUGGAGGGAGAUGAAGACCAAGACCUCAUCAAACCCAAGAAACUGGUUAACCCCGUCAAAGCUUCCAAAAGCCACCAGGAGCUUCACAGAGAGCUGAUGAGCAGCUGCAAACGGGGCGGGAGUGUGGUGGAGACGAAGCCGGAGCUGCAGAGAGUUCUGGAGUCAAGGAAGAGAGAUCAGAUGAUCAAACAGAGGAAGCAGGAGGACGAAGCUCGCAAAAAGAUUUCUCCUCUGGAGGCCGAAUUGCUCAAGAGACACAAGAAACUGGAGGAGAUGGAGAAACAGCAGGAGAAGGAGCAGGAGGAGAACCUGAAGGCUCCGGAGUUUGUAAAAGUCAAGGAGAACCUGAGACGGACGUCGUUUCACGGCACGGAGGAGAAAGAGGUGUAGAGACAGAGCUGCUGUCCUGCAGGAGACAGAAAACUGAGAACCAGACUGUCCACAUGUGUACAGGACAAUCAGAGGACUCACUGAGGACACAUGAAGGGCAUCAAAUGUAUUGAGGACAUUCUGGUGGCCCAAACAUAAAGGAAGGACUCUCACAUUGAGGACACACCGAGGACAGGAGUGCUGUGGGACACUAUGAGGAUGUAACAAUCCCACAAUCUGUCGAAACACACUGAGGACAAUAUGACAGCAGAGGAAGGAGCUCAGCACAGGGACAUCUUAGAGACACACUGAGGACAUAAGCACACUAAGAAGUCAACUCAGAGAUGUCGGGACAGAGUACAAGAACACAAUGACAGCUCACUGAGGACACUUUAUUGUCCCAAACACACAUUGAGGACAAAAACUAACUUUAGGGACAAAUAGAAACAACUCAAGGACACAGACACAAAGAGUUAAAAAAAAAACUAUAUGAGACACUUUAGAAGACACAAGGGACACUUUAAGACACAGCGAGGAUACACUGAAGACCAGACAGAACUCUAGACACUGAAAAAACUGGAGACCUACUUAGGACACGAUGGUGACGCAGACAUUCUUAGGAUAAAACCAUAUUUAAAAUUCAGGCAGAGACAAUCUUGGACAUCUUAUGACAAAGUGAGGACACGUCAGAAAGGAACACUCUGGGGGGACACGGAUUGUGAUCACAGGACACAAACACACACACAAAGAGGAUAAUUUGAGGACAUUCUUAGAGCAUUUGAAUCGCUCAGACACACUGAGGACGUGUGAAGGAAAGGAACUCUUUCAGAUUAUAAAAAUCACCAUGAGGAGAAAGUGAGGACGCCAUGAGGGCACAGAGUAGAUAUCAUCAGAACACAACAACAAUCUGAGGACACAAACUAUUCAAGGACAUUGUUAGAAAAUGUUAGAAAAGACCAUUUGCAAGCACAAUUGUGACAUUGUGAGUUCGGAAAUACUGUGGUGCUGAGGGUACUCAAUCGCAAAGAGGACACUAAAAACACACUUAAGGGACAAUAUCAGGACACAAACAUAGAACACAACAUGAGGACACUGUACAGACUCACUAAGGACAUAUUAGGACGCUAUGAGGACAACUAGAUGAUGGACAUUCUCAAACACACUUAGUGGAUACUACAAGCACACAAACAUUAAGGACAUUAUGAAUGCAAAAUGAAGAGAAAACACUGGACACACUAUGAGGACAAAAACAUACUAAGGACACUAUAAGGACAGCAACACAAUAAGGACAUAAUGAUGAUGAUAUCAAGACACUGAAUGCACCAUGAGAACACACUAUAAGGACACACUUGGUUGAGCAUACAAUGAGGACGAAAUACAGUAAACACACUACGAAGACAACAUGAGGACACAAAUGUGAAGACCACAAGACAGGGACAUUAAAGGAAGCAAACCAACUGAGACAACAAUGAGGAAACAAUAAGGGUAAAAACAAUCUGAUUUCACCAUGAGGACACUAUAAGGACACACUGUAAGUCGCAUUAGGGACACAAAUACACCAAGGUCACAAUGAGGAAACAAUGAGGGCAAAAACAAUCAGAUGUCGCAAUGAGGAAGCUCUUAGGACACACUGAAGUCACAUUAGGGACACAAACACAUCAAGAUCACAUUGAUGACUGAAAACACAACAAGGUCACCAUAAGGAAACAAACACAGUAUACCAACUAUGAGACCCACAUUUAAGGAAACACAUACACUCAGACAAUAAUUAGGACACAACAAGGGCAACAACAAUCUGAUGUCACUAUGAGGACAAACUUGAGGUAAAAAUGUGGACAAAAUUAGGACACAAUGGAGGACAAAAUGAGGACAUAAACACACCAAGGUCACAAUGAGGACACAAUUAGGGCAAAAACAAUCGGAGGUCACUAUUAGGAAACUACUAGGACACACUUGAGGUUACAAUUAGGACACACUGAGCUGACAUUGAGGACACAAAUACACCAAAGUCACAUUGAUAACUGAAAACACAAUAAGGUCACACUAUUAGGACACACACAGAGUGAACACACUAUGAGGACACCAUUGGGACACACAUUCACAGACCACAAGACAAGGGCAUUUAAGGACACACACACACACACACACACACACACACACUGAAGUCACAAUGAGGACACAAUCACACCAAGGUAACAAUGAGGAAACUAUGAGGACACAAACACAGUGAACACUCUAUGUAGAAACAAACAUUUUGAGGUCACAUUUAGGUCACACUUAGGACACUAUGAGGACAAGAGCACAGUGAACACACUACGAGGACACACAUUUUGAGGUCACAUUUAGGUCACAUUUAGGUCACACUGAGGACACUAUGAGGACAAGAGCACAGUGAACACACUAUGAUGACGCAAACAUUUUGAGGUCACAUUUAGGUCACACUGAGGACACUAUGAGGACAAGAGCACAGUGAACACACUAUGAGGACACACACAUUUUGAGGUCACAUUUAGGUCACACUGAGGACACUAUGAGGACAAGAGCACAGUGAACACACUAUGAGGACGCAAACAUUGCUUGGAGACACUGAGGACACAAAACUUUCAGGACAUGUUGUGGACACUCAGAAUUCAGUCUUCUGGUCUGGAUUUGACUCAGGGUGCAGACUACCUGACUACUCAUCACACCUGGUGGAGGACGGUUGCCAUGGCACCAAACAACAGUUUCCUGCUUCAAGGCGGGAACUCUGAUAUCAGAUGAUAAAAGUGAUUAUUAUUAAGUUGCUUUUUUCCCGAUGAGAAUUUAUUUGAAAACUUUUUUUGCAUAAUUUCCUAACCAUAAUUAUUAAAAUGAUUUUAUACCAUAAGACUAAAGGCAAGCUACAGAUUUAUGGUAUAGAGGAAUGCAAAGUAACAAGAAAUUUAUAUCUCAUGGUUUUGAAUAUUUUUUUCCAAAUGCUGCCAUGUUUGAAAGAAAAAGUGGUCAGUGAGAAAUAUGUCAUCAUGACCUCCUUAUGUUGUAUGUUUUUAGUAAUUGAAGUCAAUCUGACAACAAAAAGUGAUUUAAAGGUUAUAUUAUGAAAAUAUGAUGUCACAGCUCUGAAGUCUUGUCACAAGAUUUGUUAUUUUUCCAUCCCCUGAAGUCCUCAGAAUUACAGGAUGAGUUUUGUUGUACCUGCAUGGCGUUCAUGUUGUGAUUAAGAGAAUAUAUUCUGUAAAUGCUGGGUUUGAUUAUUUGUAAAGAUCUGUAAAUCACGGUGAAGUCAGGACUUUGGAGAAGAAGAAACCGUUGUUUGUACUUGUGCCUACAUUUGGAUCUACAUCACAUCUGUGUGUCUUCGGACAAACGUUUCACAGAAUCUGAAGAUCUGUCAGUAUUUCAGGAAAAAGGAGUCACUUAGCUGCACUAUGAUUCAUUUUAACACAUCUAUCUGUUCUGUCCAUUGUCAGCUCAUUCAAAGUGAUUAUUAUAGAGAUAAAAGAUCUCACACUGACCAGGUUUAUGUCUCUUGUAUAAUUGUACUUGGUAUCAAGUUGAAGCAUGGAAAUCAUUUAUAGGCCAGGGUACUUUUGUCUUGUCAUGAUAAGACUGCAGGUCAAACAUCUGAGACGCUCAGUGAGAAAACAUCCUGUGAUAGCUACGACACAUUCAUACAUCAGAUCUGUGUUUAAACUUCAUCUAUUGUCUUUUUCUCGUUCUAACUUUGUAUCAAGAGAUCCUAUUAAUGUGUAACUGAAGCCUUACAUUGAUCAGGUUUUUAUCAAUCAUUGAAAUCGGGUUGAAUUUCUUGAUUAGAGCACUUUAGACUGUAACUGUAAAAAUGAAUACUUCAUUCUAAACAGACUUAUUUUAUUUGACUUUGUUGUAUUUUCUUCUUGUGGCUUGCAAAGCGACGAUUGCUCUGAUUAACAUGUUCAGAUUCAAAGCUGAAUAAAAGUAUAACCUGCAGCAGAAA